GUUCGAAGGCAUUGGUACAGCCUGAACCGCUGUAUCCAUCUGCGCAGCUCUCAUCUCGAAGCGAAAGGCCGACACACGUUCGGCCGUACUCCUUUGCUAACUCUCCGAAAAGCGGUAACUACGGCGGACCAACAGGCACUAGUCUGGAAAUACUUGUCGUAUAAUUUAUAUAGACGCUGUAAACAAGAGAUGGAAGGACAUGCAAUUAUGCCAAUUCAAGGCAUUCCAGAGCCUUACGAGGACAAACCCUUUACUUACAUGCCAAGGGUUGAAUCCACCUCGCCAUUCAAGGCGCCGGUGCAUAUUGACGUUGGAGGGGUGAUUUAUACGUCAUCCUUGGAAACGCUCACUAAGUAUCCGGAGUCGAAGCUCGGACGCAUGUUUUCCGGUGAUGUGCCGAUUGUGCUGGACACUCUGAAACAGCAUUACUUUAUUGAUCGUGAUGGCGGAAUGUUCCGUCACAUUCUCAACUUUUUGCGCAACCAAAAGUUGCUUCUUCCUGAGGAUUUUCAAUAUACUGACCUGCUGCUUCAAGAAGCGCAGUUCUUCGAACUCGACUACAUGAUUAUGGCACUCACGCAUUAUAAGCGUCAGAAAGAGGAAGCCCAACAACAUGUUGAUGUCGGGAAUAACGAAGCCAUUGACAUGACAUCCCAUGACGAUUACAUGCAACGUCUCUGGACCGGGUACCGCCCCAAUGAGUAUUAAACUCAUCGCCGUAGCAGUUCGCCAAAACAAAAUGCUUGUAGCUUGAAAUCUAUGUAGUGUGUAGUAAAAUUGUUCUGCAAAGUUGAUAUCAA